GGCAUGGUCCUGGGCGUCCUGCUCCUGGUCUUCUGCUCCUGGAUGACGCACCAGUCCUGCAUGUUCCUGGUGAAGUCGGCCAGCCUGAGCAAGCGGAGGACCUACGCCGGCCUGGCCUUCCAUGCCUACGGAAAAGCUGGGAAGAUGCUGGUGGAGACCAGCAUGAUUGGGCUAAUGCUGGGGACCUGCAUCACCUUCUACGUGGUGAUCGGUGACCUGGGGUCCGGCUUCUUCGCGCGGCUCUUUGGAUGUCAGGUGACGGGCACGUUCCGUGUGUUCCUUCUCUUCGCCGUGUCCCUGUGCAUCGUGCUCCCUCUUAGCCUGCAGAGGAACAUGGUGUCCUCCAUCCAGUCCUUCAGCGCCAUGGCCCUCAUCUUCUACACCGUCUUCAUGUUUGUGAUUGUGCUGUCCUCCUUCAAGCACGGCCUCUUCGGCGGGCAGUGGCUGCAGCGGGUGAGCUACGUCCGCUGGGAGGGCGUCUUCCGCUGCAUCCCCAUCUUCGGCAUGUCCUUUGCCUGCCAGUCCCAGGUCCUGCCCACCUAUGACAGCCUGGACGAGCCAUCAGUAAAGACCAUGAGUUCCAUAUUUGCUUCCUCCCUCAACGUGGUUACCACCUUCUACAUCAUGGUGGGGUUUUUUGGUUACGUCAGCUUCACAGAGGCCACGGCGGGCAACGUGCUGAUCCAUUUCCCCUCCAACCUGGUGACAGAGAUGAUCCGCGUGGGCUUCGUGAUGUCGGUGGCCGUGGGCUUCCCCAUGAUGAUCCUGCCCUGCAGACAGGCCCUAAACACGCUACUUUUUGAGCAGCAGCAGAAGGACGGCACCUUCGCUGCAGGUGGCUACAUGCCCCCUCUUCGGUUUAAGGCGCUCACACUCUCAGUGGUGUUCGGAACCAUGGUCGGUGGCAUCAUGAUCCCCAACGUGGAGACCAUCCUGGGGCUCACAGGGGCCACGAUGGGCAGCCUCAUCUGCUUCAUCUGCCCAGCGCUGAUCUACAGGAAGGCCCAUAAGAACGCCAUCUCUGCCCAGGUGGUGCUCUGGGUCGGCCUGGGUGUUCUGGUGGUCAGCACGUUCACCACCCUGUCUGUGAGUGAGGAGCCGCCUGUGGACGUGGCCAAGGAGGCGCUGGACAGUGGCGGGCAGGGAGAGGCCCAGGGCGCCAUGAAGGGGGAGGCGGCCCGCCUCUCAGUCCAGGACCCCAUCGUGGACAUGGCUGGGGAUGGCCGGGAGAAGCCCAAGCUGCCCGUGGAGAAAGAGGACCUGGAGCAGGCCCAGAUUAAGGGUCCUGUAGAUGUGCGUGCAGGGGAGGACACCAAGGAGAAGCAGGAGGCCGCACAGGUGGAUCGCCCGGGCCAAGGUAUUGCUGCUCCCAUGGGCGAGGCCCACCGGCACGAGCCUCCCGUUCCUCAUGACCAGGUGGUGGUAGAUGAAGGUCAAGAUGGAGAAGGGCCAGAAGAGAAUAAGCUACCUUCUAGACACCCUGGCAGGGAGGCCCCCAGGGGCAAGGGGCAGAGGGCACUGCCUCCGCCUGAGUCACAGAGAGAAGAGCAGCAGCCGGAGACGGGAGAGGCUGGCAAGAGGCCCGAGCAAGCCCAGGCCCUGGCCAAAGCAGGUGACCUUCCUAGAGAUGCCCAACAGAUUCCAGAAGCAGAUGGUCAGCGCAGGAAGGACAUCCCCAGACCAGGAGACAGGGACGCGCAGCCCGGGCCACGGGCCGCGGCGGCAGGUGAAGAGGAGCCUGCGCACGACGCCCCAGGGGACACGGGGAAGCCCACAGAGAAGGGCCCGGAGACCCAGCUGGGUGGGAAGGCCAUUGUCCUCCCGGCUCAGCGGCCCGAGCAGGGAGGGCAGAAGCACAUGCAGCAGCCAGGCGGAGAGCAGGCCGGCGGCAGCAAGCUCGAAGAGGCUGGCCGAGUGGAGAUGCUAGACCAUGCCGUCCUGCUGCAGGUGAUCAAAGAGCAGCAGGUGCAGCAGAAGCGCCUCCUGGACCAGCAGGAGAAGCUGCUGGCUGUGAUCGAGGAGCAACACAAGGAGAUCCGCCAGCAGAGGCAGGACGAGGAAGAGGACAAGUCCAAGCCGGCAGACAUGCAGCCCGAGCCUGGGGUAGCUGUGCCCAAAGGACAGAAGGAGGUCCAGGAGGGGCCUGCGGGGGACAUGGUGGAGGACGCCUCUCCGCAGCCUGUGCAGUCUAUGCUUGGAGGUCCUGGGGGUCACCCCACGCCACCCCAAGAAUUGGGCCAGGAUUCCAUGGUGGAGGCCAAGGAGCGGCCUGGUGGUGGCUCUGAUUCGGACCCCCAGGCAGCCCAGCCUCAGCCCAAGUGGAGGGACCAGAAGGACGCCGUGCCCAAGGUGGUGGACACUGUGAAGGACUUGGAGCCAGGGCCCAGGCCGGACCCUCCUAGGGCACCUGGGAUCCUGGAGAAGCGCCUGGCUGAGGAAGUCCCCAAGUUGGGCCAGCACGGCGUUGGUGGAGGUUCCCAAGAAAGGAAGCGUCCUGAAAAGGAAGUGGCCGCCGCUGGAGCUGACCGGCCAGGAGCAGGAACUGGUGGGCAGGCUGGGGAUCCUCCAGUGAAGCGGAGGCAGUCGAGCCGAGACCUGGGGCCUGUGGUGGGCCCGUCUCAUGCACCAGCAGGAAUGGCCCCUGAGUCCCAGGCUGUGUUGGGUCAGCAGGAACCCCAGGCCGUCUCCAGUAAGGACCAGGAUAGUCCCCCAGAGGCGAGAAAAGAGGCUCCCGGAGGGGACCGCGCACCUGCUCCUCACCAGCAGCAGAGAGCAAGGGAGGAUGCCGCCCUCCGAGAGCCCGUUCAGAGGCCAGACCCAGACCCCGAGCCUGGGCCUAGACUAGCUGUCCCUGGGGGUCAGAAGCCAGACAAUGCCAAACCCAACAGAGACCUGAAAGCGCAAGCCGGUGCCGACCUCCGGAGACGGCGGCGGGACAUUGCCUCUGGCCCCCGGGGGGAGCCGGCCCCCAGGGAUGGGGUCAUCAUCAGCUUUAACCCCCUGCCUGACGUCCAGGUGAAUGACCUCCGCGGAGCCCUGGAUGCCCAGCUCCGCCAGGCCGCGGGGGCCGCGCUGCAGGUGGUCCACAGCAGGCAGAUGAAGCAGCUGCCGGGGGCCCUGGAGGAGGCCUGAGCACAGCCAUGCCGCUGUGGCUGGGCAGCUGGCCGCCGUCCUACCGGUGGGGGACUCGUGAAGCCCCCACCACACAAUGUCCUGGUUGUGGCUCGGCAGCACUUUCUCCGGCACUCUGCGGCCGGGGCUCCCGCGGGCCCCGCAGCCAGCUGGCCAGCACCGACACGCAGAUUGCCCGCCCAAGGUCCGCUCGCAGACCAGCCGCACUUCUGUGUCUUCAGACUCACUGACCUCUGCCCCACUGGCCGAAGGGUUAAUCCAACUCAUGCUCUCUGCGGGAAGCUGUGUUCCAGCCCGCCUCCCGUUCCUCAGACUCAUCUCCACGUCCUCCGUGCUGCUGCAGGAGACCUCCGUAAGCACCGCCCCCAUCCCCGCUUCUAGGGGUGCUGCUCGAGGCCCAGGGGGUGGCCUGAUGCCUUGGGUGGACACAGGGUGUGUCUCCCCCUGGGGUCCAUUCUUUGAAAUUGAUUAUAAAAUUAAAAAAAAAAAAAAG